AUGCUUUUAGAUCAUCUCAAUCGAUGGCUACGCAAGAUUCGGCAAGAGGUUACGAAAGAGAGUAAUCCUCGUCAAGUUUCGGAAGCCCAAGAAAACCUCGUGAAGGUGGACUCCGUUCUGUCAAAUAUCAAUCAGGAUUUGUUAGCGAAAGCUGCUCUACAGUGCAAAGCUUACGCUCUAUCAUUGAUGAAUUUCGAAAGUCGUAUUGUUGAGCUGCAACAACGUAGCUCUAAUCACCACGAUCUUCCGACGUACUAUGAGCACCUUCACGAAAUCUACGCCCAUCUUGACGAGCCAGACGGAAUGGAAGGUGUAUCAACAAUGAUUCUAUCUCCAUCAUUGGAGCAUCAGAUUCGGCAUCAUGAAAGCAGUGGCCAUUGGACCUCUGCACAGAGCUGCUGGGAAGUGAGACUUCAACAAUUUCCGGACAAUGUCGAUUAUCAUCUGGGCCUCCUUCGUUGCCUCAGGAACCUUGGGCACUACGAUACACUGCGCACCCAUGUGCGGGGUGUACUGACACGAAAUCCUGAUUGGCAACCAGCAUUGGCAAGCUUUCAAAUUGAGAGUGCGUGGAUGGUCGGCGCCUGGGAAGAUGUUCAGAAUAUCGUCGACUCUACGGACGUCGCCACUGCUCAGAUAGCCAUUGCACGUCUCCUGCUGGCCUUGCGAUCACGUGACUCUGCAGCUAUCACUACCGCGCUAGAUGGCGCUCGAAUGGUUUUGGGUGGACCUAUUGCAGCUGCAGGAGUGAAUAACUAUAGGCGGUCAUACGAAGCAAUGUUGGACCUCCAUCUUACGCAUGAGCUCGAGACCAUUUAUAACGCUAUAUCGUCUCUUUCGGAGCAAUCCACAAGUGUAAAUUCUGCAUUGAUGAGGCUGUCGGAAAUACUGUCCUCUAGGCUAGACAGCACCCUUCCUACUUUCCGUACCCGGGAAUCUGUGCUCAGUAUGAGACGGACAGCUUUUGCUUUGAUCAACAUUCCCGGGUCGCAGGUCUUGAGAAAAGAAAUCGGACGCUCAUGGCUUGCUAGCGCAAAGAUUGCUCGUAAAGCUGGCCAAUGGCAGACUGCAUAUAGUGCCAUGCUCCAAUCUCAGCAGAACAAAACUCGAUAUUCGUUCAUGGAGAGUGCGAAACUAGUAAAGGCCAUGGGUGAUCCACUGCAUGCUCUUCAACAACUGGAAAACUCCAUGCAGCUACAUAAUCUAUUAGAAGAUGAAGUCAACGUUGUUGAUCUUACCAACGAUGACAACGAAGAAAACCUCAAGAAAAUGAAAGCGAAGGUGCGACUCGUACGUGCGAGAUGGAUGAAUGAGUCUGAACGUUUCGACGCUCGUAUGGUACUCAAAACUUUCACCAACGUUGCGAUUUUGAUGCCAAAUUGGGAGAGCGGUCAAUAUUAUUUAGGCCAGUUCCAGGACGAAUGCUACAAGAAUCUGCCCAUCGCAGAACGUAGCAGCAGAGGCUUGAAAAUGAACCUUUCAACAAUCAGGGCAUACGCAGAGGCGAUCAAUCUGGGCACCAAAUACAUAUAUCAGACCGUUCCACGCCUGCUCACUCUAUGGCUAGAUCUUGGAGAAGAUGCAAAAGUUGCCGAGACAGAUACAUUCAGACUGAUAAAUCAAGCUGUUUCUGGGGCGAUCAAGAAUUCCCCUAUAUACAAGUGGUUUACCGCAUUUCCACAAAUUGUGUCACGAAUCGGUCACAGCAAUCCCGAAGUAUAUAAGCAAUUAGCCAGGCUCAUCGCAAAGGUCAUCCAGUCUUAUCCAAAUCAGGCGCUUUGGUUGUUCGCAGCCGUAAUCAAAUCGAAGAAGCGGGAGCGUUCCCAAAGGGGGAGCCUCAUUCUUGAGCGUAUUCGGAAUAAUCCUUCUCUGGCGCAAUCUUCGGUGCCCAAGCUUGUCAGUCAGAGCCUCGACAUGACCAAUGAACUGCUCGAAUUAUGCAACUUCCAUACUCCGAAUAUCGAACGGAAGAAGCUCACUAUGACGAGAGAUUUCCCGCGACUUGCGAAGCUCGGAAAAUCAAAUCUGAUAAUACCUUUACAAGAGUCGCUUACUGCCAGCCUUCCCCCAGUUUCAUGUUCCGAAUCAGUACAUCAGCCUUUUCCUUCAAACGCACCCACUUUUGCAGGGUUUGCAGAGGAAAUUGAGAUUAUGCAUUCCCUUGCCAAGCCACGAAAGAUCACUAUACACGGGAGUGACGGACAAACAUAUAUGUUCCUAGGAAAACCAAAGGACGAUCUCCGAAAAGACGCUCGACUGAUGGAUUUCAAUGCUAUCAUCAAUAAACUACUCAAGGCAAAUUCGGAAUCUCGACGUCGCCAACUUCAUAUUCGAACCUAUGGCGUUGUUACGCUCAAUGAGGAAUGUGGAUUCAUCCAGUGGGUUCCUCACACAAGGCCCGUCCGUCCAAUUAUCGUCAACCUAUAUAACAACAGACACAUUCCCGGUUGGGGUGCAGAGAUGGCGGACGUCUUUACCAGGAUCAAGGGCACAAAUGAUGGUAACAAAGCCGCGGACCUCUUUACCAAAAAGAUACUAACUCUAUUCCCGCCCGUUUUCCAUGAAUGGUUCAUUGAGACCUUCCCGGAACCCACUGCUUGGUUAGCAAGCAGGCUGACUUAUGCUCGAACGACUGCUGUGAUGUCCAUGGUUGGAUUUAUCUUAGGACUCGGUGACCGCCACUGUGAAAAUAUUCUGCUGGACGAAAACACAGGGGACUUGAUACAUGUCGAUUUCAAUUGUCUGUUUGAGAAAGGAAAAACAUUUGAGACUCCAGAACGAGUGCCGUUUAGACUUACCCAGAACUUGGUUGAUGCGUUGGGCGUGACCGGUGUGGAAGGCGUAUUCCGUACGGCUUGCGAAGUGACGAUGCAACUACUACGCGAUAACAAAGACUCGCUUAUGAGCGUCCUAGACGCUUUCGUACACGAUCCUUUAGUCGAAUGGGAAGAAGAAAAAAUGAAGUUGGAUCGUAAACAACAACAUGCGAAUGCUACCGACGCUCAGCGAAAGAACGCUGUCAAGCCAGCCACUGAUCUACGGUCCCUGGCGAAGAAUUCUCUAAAGGGGAUCGAGAAGAAGCUAAGAGGACAUUAUAGACCUACUCCGGAGAAGCAUGCAUAUGAGAAGGAGGUGUCGACCAGUAACUUAGUGCAGUUGCUUAUCCAGGAAGCCACGGAUAUUUCGAAUCUGGCGAGAAUGUACCCUGGUUGGGCAUCAUGGCAUUAG